AACAGUUUCCAAGACCAAAAAUUAGGUAAAGUUUAUGAAUUUUUUGUUUUGGUUUUGUUGAGACGUUGUUCUCCUUUCUCCCUUUCUAUGGUUGAUUUUGGGUUUUUUGGAGGGAAAUUAGGGUUGAGAGUGAGAAUGUAUUGAGUGUACUCAAAUUGUUAAGGAUCCUGACCUCGUUCCUCCUCCCCCUGUAUGCAGAAAUUGAGAUGUCUUCAGACGAGGCUAUGAGUGUAGUGGGAAGUGAGGUAAUGCCCUUGGAGUAUGGUGGCAUGGAUUCGGAGACCAGUCCGUCUCCAACUAGCUCGGAGAGGACAGUGGGGGAUAGAAUGGAGCAAGGAGUAAUAGAAGAGGAGGAGGAUGAAAUCCCCUCAAAUAUUUUGGAGGCCGGGAGUGGCGUAGAUGGGUGUUAUGACCCAGAUUUAGAGGUAGUGGCCGAGGUGAGGGGAUUUGUGAGUGAGUUGGGUAGCAGGGAUAGUCUAAGGGGUCUCGUGGGUAAUUGCAACCUUCCUCAUCAUGUCCUACUUAGACCUACCGAGGUGAAUGAGAGGGCAUGCUCAGCACCCCAAGAUCAUUGGAUGCCCAUAUACCUGCAUUACUUGAUUGCAGGGCUUAGGUUUCCCAUUCCAGAAUUACUGGUUGGGUUAUUAUUAGAUUAUAGUAUAGGAAUAACCCAACUAACUCCAAAUGCCAUGAGGGCUGGGGGUAGGGGAGAGAAGGGAUGGUACCACUUCGGUCCUCGGUCGUCCAGCAAAGAGAAUAGGAAUUUAUUCUCUCCUGGGCCGUCAUCCAUCAAAGGGUGGAAAGAAAAUUUCUUCUUUGUGGAUGACACCGAGUGGAGUAGGAGGGAUUCCGAAGUGGAACAGUUGUCUGCUUGGAAAACGAAGAAAACCAAGCAGAAUAACUAUAAGUUGAAUGAGGAUGAGGUGGAAGAGGUGAAGAAGCUGGUGAGGGAAGAUGGGGACGUAGUGGAUAUCCUGUACCUCACCAGCCAGGAGGCGAUAGAUGCUGCUGAGCUCUAUGGGCCAAGCUCAUUGGGCGAAGCUGAGAUGGAGGAGUUCGUCGGUGCUGCUGGGGGCUUGCACAUCCCUAAGAAACCAAGGAAGAAGUCAAAGACUUCAACUGCGGCUGAGAAGGAGGUGACAGUGGGGGGGCAACUGUCCAGCAUCGCUGCCCAGGCUAUGGAGGUGCAACCAAGGCCGAAGCCUACAAUGGGGGGUAGCAAAGAGGUGAGUGAGGAGAUGGUGCCUCUGCAGAGGAAGAAGAGGAGGGUGGCAGAGCUAGGAACCAGGGGGGGCGAGGUGGUGGAGUUCGUGCCCCAACCUUCUCCUCCAGAAAUCAAUCUUGAAAACGGGGGGAGAGGAGAGGUCGAAGUGCGAGGCCUUGAUGGGGGCAGGGAGCGCACCCCUCCGCACGUGUACCAGAAAAGUUUGUUUGAGGAGGCAAACAAGACUGGGGCGAAGCACUUCCUCAACGCCACCCUGCCUGACGUGGAUAGGAUGCGGGCGAAGGACGAGGUGGUUAGCCAUGCAAGGUAUACCAUUGUGAGGCACGCCCUGGAGAGUGCGAGCUGGACAAACGCUCUAGCGCAGGAGUAUACAGAGAGCGUUAGAGAUCGUGCCAGCUUGCAAAGGUGGUGCGACCAGCUUCAGAGGGAGAAGUGCCACUCCUGCCUGUUGGAGACGAGCCACCUCAACCACCUUUUCCUGCCGAGGAGCAGCCUCCUCCUCCAAUAGAGUAGCUUAGGUUUUUAUAUUUUUUAGUUAUAUUUGUAAAUAACAUUGUUGAGAUUUUAUAAAAUUUUUGAGGUUUA